AUGUUACAUUCGGAAACUUCAAAUCUUCUUCUUGAAUAUUUCCAUUUGGUUACGAGUCGACCGAAAAUUUGUGAAAUUCGCUCACUCGGAAUCGAUUUGAAACUCUCAUUUGAGCAAGUGCAGAAUUGGUUUAUGAACAAAAGAGCAUUCCAAAAGAUGAAUCCAGCCGAAUGCGAGUCGGAAGCGGAAUGUUUUUUGAAAAAUGGCUCCACCACUUAUGGAAGAUUGAUCCCUUUGCGUGAAGAUUCCUUUUUCGAAAAUUCAAACGAAAAUGUGGAAUCUGCGGAUACAUCAUUUGAUUCGGAUGCGAGCGAGAGUGAGACAUUCUUGAAUGCCUCGUCAGAUGAGAGAGGCAUUCUUUUUGAGGAAGUUCUCCGUUUGCGUCGUGUCGUCGAAGAGCUGAAAAUGCAGCUGACUGGUGAUGAGGCUCGAUCUCUGGCAACUCUGGCAACUGAUCAAACUCAGUUA